AUGUUAAAUCGGACCCCGACCCUUGUCCUCGAGUACCUGAUAAUCCUGAACAACACGAAGACGGGCGUGGUUAAGAAUAUGACCGUCCCAGUUGGCACGAAUACUGCCACAUUAACGGACCUGACCGGUGACUCGCUGUAUGUCAUAACAAUACGAGGCGUGUCUAAGCACGGGGCGGGAGCGCCUUACGCGCCUAUACAGAUCCAGUCCCCCAGGGGAGCUCCCACGGCCGCACCGGAAGGAGCUGAAGCCACUAACUUAAACAGUACGGCGGUGUCACUGAACUGGAGCCCAAUUCCCCCGGAGUAUGCUAAUGCGCCACUACUGGGCUACAGCUUGAUUGCUACUCCGCUGAACGGGACGAGUGCUGGCGCACAUAACUCUAUAUCUGUUUUCACGUGCAAUACGUCAGUUGCGAUAGCAGGACUUGCCGUGUACACGGCCUAUGCGUUGGAACUUCGUGCGUUUAAUGAACCCGGAUUCGGACCGCCGUCGAAUACGACCUUUGUGACCGGCGAGGAAGCGCCUGACGCAAGCCCGGCCAUCACUGGCAUCACUGACGUCACCGCCACUACCGCCCUUAUGAGAUGGAGCCCACUUCCGGCCAUCCUCUUGAAUGGCUUGUUGCGCUCUUACAUCAUCACCAUUACUAAUAAUGCAACCGGUUCUUCGGUUAGCGUGACCGCGCCAGGUCACGUGAAUGAGUUCAUGCUGAGGGGGCUAAUGUCAUCCACAACUUAUGACGUCACACUUCGAGCCAUUACCAUAGCAGCUGGGCCUGCCGCUGGAAUACUGGUGAAUACUUCUGAGAUGAGCGAGCCCGUUACCACGACCAGUAACGUAACAGCGUCCAACAUUUCCCCGAACUCAAGCACGAUCACGUGGCAACACUCUCCUGCCGAGGAGACCUCGGGCGAGCUAAAGGGUUACCGUGUGCGCGUAUAUGACUCGCUUCGAGACUCGAACUCUACUUACCUGAUGUGUAUGGGGAACAGGUCCGCACAACUGGCAGACCUUGACCCGUACACGCGUUACGAGGUCUACGUGAGUGUGUUUAACGCGUUAUGGACUGGUCGUGAAUCACCUACUGGGAAGUUCAUAACGUCGGAAGGAGUUCCCUCAAAACCGCCUCAAAACCUUACAGCACACAACACCAGUUCCACCACGCUAGCUCUCUCAUUUCGCCCCCCGGAAAAGUACUUCGUAAAUGGCAAGCUCCGGGGGUACAAUGUCACAUGGCGUGAGACUCUCUUGCUGGACGCCGAGGUAUUCAGUCGGACGGUAAUCGUGACAUCUUCGGCAAAGAGGCGAAGACGAGCAGUAGAAACAAGCGAUCAAGAGAGCUUGCAGCUCGAUGGACUUAAGAAAUACACAACGUAUACCAUCACUGUGGCAGCGUUCACGAUAGGAGACGGUCCCUUCUUGGAGGUCAACGCUACGACGGCAGAGGACGUUCCCAGUCUUCCGCCGCCCAAUGUUAUUGCCUACAAUACUAGUUCUACGUCAAUCGCGGUUUCCUGGCAACACAUCCCCGAGGGUCACGUGCACGGCAUCCUUCUUGGCUACCACGUGUUUGUGACGCCCUAUUCUAACGUCACUCCAUCGGUUUACGUGAUUGGUCCGACGAAGUAUAACGUGAUGAUAGGAAACCUUGGCAAGUACACGGAGUACCACAUAUCUGUGGCCGGCUUUACACUUCCGGGGACUGGGAACGUGUCUGAGAUUGUGACGACAUACACUGAUGAGGAUGUACCGGACAGCCCCCCGCUCUCACUGUACGGGGAGGGGCCUACACCAACCUCCCUGUCACUCACUUGGCAACCCGUACCCACCCCCCAGCGGAACGGAAUUAUACUCGGUUACACAGUCAACAUCCGGCUCAACGACACCUCACUCGAUAACAGCACCCUGCCCUGGAACACGACCGUGCUGCCAGACGCUGCGAUCCUGUCGCUCGAGGUACCCGGGUUGGCGGCAUGGACGGCGCAUCGCGUGAGAAUCAACGCGUUCACCAGAAUCGGGCCUGGGCCGUGGAGCGCAGAUGUGGUGAUAACAGGAGACAGAAUCCCUCCUCCUCCGACUGACGUCAACACAAUCAACAUCACCUCGACCUCCAUCACGGUCACGUGGACAGGUAUAGAUACUUCCACACUAAGAGUACCCCUGAGGGGUUACCGAGUCUUGUAUUCCGCAAACAGCAGCAUCUUCUCUGAUGAGACCAUGAAUGUAACUGCGCCAGCGGGAGCCGUGUCAAAGGUGGUCAGCGGUCUGCACGAGUUUACCGACUACAACUUCUGGGUUCUUGCGAUCGUUGACGUCGAUGGCAUUCCCAGUGAGAUGGUCUCUGACCGGACAUUGCCGGACGUGCCAUCCUCAUCGCCGACUAUCUUGUCGAAGCUCACGUUGUCAGCGGAUUCCCUCAUGCUGGUGUUUGUGCCUCCUCCACCCGAAGACAUAAAUGGCGUCAUUUCUAGCUACGAGGUGACCUUGGAGAGUGUGAACGCGUCGAGUGUGAUAUCGCGUACGUCUUAUGGCCCUACAGAAAGGAUCGUCACCCUUUCAGGCCUAAAGGAGGGUGUUCUAUACAAUAUCAGCGUCAUUGCAGUCAACCAGGUCGGUUCCAGUCCCCCCGCAAGCGAAGCCACCAAGCUACACGAGAACAGUGUAGCGCAGAACCGGUAUUCUGCAGACACAAUACCUCUUGACUGGCCCCAGUUCCCUCCUGAAGUUACCCACGGCGCGAUUAUCAACUACCGCGUGCGUUAUCGACUCGUGGAGCUUGGGGGCGACCCUAUUCGCGACUCACCCACCAAAGAAAUACUUGUACCAGGACCACCUCUGAACUUGACAGACCUAGAAACGUUCGCAAAGUAUGAAGUCGAGAUUGUCUGGCUAACGAGUGAUUCGGUUGGACCGGAGAUAAUCGUCUUUGCAGAGACUUGUCGCUGCCGUGACAGGCUGAUCACGAACUGGCGCCCGUACAACCCCUACACGUACGACUCCCAGGCCAACGGUGAGCCCGAGGGCAUCAUUCCAGCGGUGGUACGCGAGAUGGCAGUCGCGUGCUGUGAAAAAUGUCUCGCGUUUGGCUUUUCCCGCGUCGAUUUUGAAAUAAGCGCUGAUGGAAUACCCGCCGAGAAGUCCAACGAGAAGGAGUUAUUAGGUAACAUCUCUGAAGCUGUGGAUUUUAGUUUCCCUGUGUAUGGCUCGCGAGAUCAGUUGAAGUACAAGUCGGGCUUCAUGUAUCGAGCGCUGGUCGAGUCCCCGGGGUUCGUGUACAUUGUGAAUACAGACAGCGGUAAGAGCCCGGCCAUGAUGCUCAUCGCGGCGCUACUCACCGUCGUGCCCUACCUUGUACUAACCAUCGCACUUGCCUACAUCGCGGGCUUCGUGCUCUGGGCUAUAGAUCGUCGUGCCAAUCCUGAGUUUUUCCCGCCAUCUUACAUCCGGGGACAGUACGAAGGACUGUGGUGGGCAUUUAUUACCAUGACAACACUGGGGUACGGUGACCGCUUUCCUAUGACCUGGGCAGGAAAGCUUUUCGGGAUUUUCUGGAUGCUUACGGGGAUUGUAGUCUACGGAAUCUUGUGUGGCUAUUUAGUAUCUGCAGUUAGCCGUAACACAGUCGACAUCAACAACCAGCUGUACGGAGCACAGAUAUUAGCCAUCGAGGGAUCUCCCGAAGCGCGCCUGGGGAUUCGUCUCAACGCUCAGGUUAACCCAGAUGAAAAGCCACAGAAUUUCGAAGAGCUUUACCGAGCCUUGAGAAACAAGAAAUCGUACGGAGCCCUACUCGAUGCAUAUGCAAUCGGGCACCAGAGGCAUCUGUUUGAAGACCCGAACCUGCGGAUGGUGAGACUGUACGACUUCAAGUCUGCCUAUGGCGUAGUGAUGGCAAACUCCUCAACUCGGAUGACGAAGUGCUUCAGACAUUACAUCCAAAACAACACACAGAAAAUUUUCAACAGGAUCAAAAAAUACGUGCGCUUCUACGAAAAAACUACCGACAUACCAUCGACUAUAGAAUACGCUUAUGGUCUGUUCAGUGCCGAGACUCCCACGUUCCGUCGCACUCUUUACUUCCUGCUGGGUCUACUGGGAACGUUCACGAUUGCCGGGAGUCUGUACAACAUGAGGCGCCGAGCUAAGAAACGAGCGAAAGCGACUGCAAAAGCAAGAUCGAGCGUACACAAGGAAGUAGCCCAGGAGCUCAAGGACGACAUCCAUCAGCUGAGCCUGCGCAUGAGAGAGAUCAACGAAAAGCUGACCAAAAAGCACGCCCGCGAGCUGCUUGCACGCAUGCGUAUAGAUAAGCAGAAAUCCAAGUUGUAUCCAUGACAAUGUCACGAGCUAA